AUGAAUCCGUUAUUCGGCCCCAACCUCUUCCUCUUACAGCAGGAGCAGCAAGGCCUGGCCGGGCCGCUGGGGGACCCUCUGGGAGGCGACCACUUCGCCGGGGGAGGGGACGUGUCCCCGGUGCCGCUCGCCCCGGCCGGCCCGGCUGCUUACUCGCCGCCCGGGCCGGGCCCGGCGCCCCCCGCCGCCAUGGCUCUCCGCAACGACCUGGGCUCCAACAUCAACGUGCUCAAGACCCUGAACCUCCGGUUCCGCUGCUUCCUGGCCAAGGUGCACGAGCUGGAGCGCCGCAACCGGCUGCUGGAGAAGCAGCUGCAGCAGGCGCUGGAGGAGGGUAAGCAGGGCCGGCGGGGCCUGGCUCGCCGCGACCAGGCCGUGCAGACCGGCUUCGUCAGCCCCAUCCGGCCCCUGGGGCUGCCCCUGAGCGCCCGGCCCGCCGCCGUUUGCACCCCUUCGGCGCGGGUGCUGGGCUCGCCCGCGCGUUCGCCAGCCGGCCCCCUCGUGCCCUCCGCGGCCUGCCACUCGUCGCCCUCCACCUCCACCUCCACCUCCUACUCCUCGUCAGCCCGCUUCAUGCCCGGCACCAUCUGGUCCUUCUCUCACGCCCGCCGUCUCGGGCCGGGACUGGAGCCCACGCUGGUGCAAGGGCCUGGCCUGUCGUGGGUGCAUCCCGACGGGGUGGGCGUCCAGAUCGACACCAUCACCCCCGAGAUCCGCGCGCUCUACAACGUCCUGGCUAAAGUGAAGCGCGAGCGGGACGAGUACAAGCGGAGGUGGGAAGAGGAGUACACUGUGCGGAUACAGCUGCAGGAGCGAGUGAACGAGCUCCAGGAGGAAGCCCAGGAGGCCGAUGCCUGCCAAGAGGAGCUGGCCAUGAAGGUGGAGCAACUGAAAGCUGAGCUGGUGGUCUUCAAGGGGCUCAUGAGCAACAACCUGUCUGAGCUGGACACAAAGAUCCAGGAGAAGGCCAUGAAGGUAGAUAUGGACAUCUGUCGCCGCAUCGACAUCACCGCCAAGCUGUGCGAUGUGGCUCAGCAGCGCAACUGUGAGGACAUGAUCAAGAUGUUCCAGAAGAAGCUGUCUCUGCACUUGUCUCCCAUUAAGGUCCCAUCCAUGGGGGGGCGGAAGCGGGAGCGCAAGGCUGCCAUCGAGGAGGACACCUCCCUGUCGGAGAGUGACGGGCCCCGCCAGCCCGAUGGGGAUGAGGAGGAGAGCACAGCCCUCAGCAUCAACGAGGAGAUGCAGCGCAUGCUCAACCAGCUGAGGGAGUAUGAUUUUGAGGACGACUGUGACAGCCUGACUUGGGAGGAGACUGAGGAGACCCUGCUGCUUUGGGAGGAUUUCUCAGGCUAUGCCAUGGCAGCCACAGAGGCGCAGGGAGAGCAGCAGGAAGACAGUUUGGAGAAGGUGAUUAAAGAUACGGAGUCCCUGUUCAAAACCCGGGAGAAAGAAUAUCAGGAAACCAUUGACCAGAUAGAGCUGGAGCUGGCCACGGCCAAGAAUGACAUGAACCGCCACUUGCACGAAUACAUGGAGAUGUGCAGCAUGAAGCGCGGCCUGGACGUGCAGAUGGAGACCUGUCGCCGGCUCAUCACCCAGUCGGGAGACCGAAAGUCUCCUGCUUUCACUGCGGUCCCGCUUAGCGACCCGCCGCCGCCGCCACCAAGCGAGACUGAGGACUCCGGUCACGAUGUCUCAUCUGAUAGCUCCAUGAGAUAGGGACCUGCCUCCAGCGCCCUGGGGCCCCACCGUGCUGGGAACUCACCGAGGCAGAGGGGUGGGGGGGUUCACAGCAGGGGAACAUCAUCCGUCUCGCCGCACCAAGCCUCGCCCCUGGGGACUGGGGCGCUCCUCCCUCGGGCUUCCUGCCUGUGACCUUGGCCUCCAGGGUUCUAAGGUGUCUGGAGCGAGGCUUAGCCCGUCCGUCCCAGGUGACUCCCCCCACAGCUGGGGCUCUCCUGCCUUCAUGCGUGGGUGGCUGCUACUUUCUCAUCUUUAAAAUGCUGCCAGAGCGAUCGUGGUCCCUUACUUUCUCCACUGAGUAAGGAA